AUGAAUGUCUAUGAUGAACUUCUUCUGUAUAAAACAGGAGUGUAUAAACAUUCCAUUGGAAAUUUUUUGGGCACGCACUCUGUUCGGAUAAUUGGAUGGGGCACUGAAAACUGUACGCCAUAUUGGCUAGUGAUCACCUCAUGGAACAUUAAGUGGAACAAUACUGGGGUUUUCAAGAUCUUGCGAGGAGAAGACCAUUGCGAAAUAGAGAAUUUCGUAAUGGCAGGAAUUCCCCAACUGUGAUU